AUGUCGAAUUACGCUAAGUUCAUGAAAGAUCUUCUAUCAAGAAAGCGUAAGCUGAAGGAAUGUGAGACAUUGACUUUGACAGAGGAGUGCAAUUCUAUAAUUCAGAAGAAGUUGCCUCCGAAGCUUAAAGAUCUAGGUAGCUUUAGCAUUCCCAUAGAAAUUGGAAACAUUGAUGUGGAAAAUGCGCUAUGUGACUUGGGGGCAAGCAUUAAUCUAGUGCCUCUCUCCAUUUGCAAAGCUCUGAGAAUUCAUGAAUUGAAGCCAACAAAAGUCUCAUUACAGUUAGCUAACGAAUCUAUCAGAAGGCCAGACGGAGUAAUUGAAGAAGUCUUGGUAAAGAUAGAUAAGUUUAUCUUCCCUGCAGAUUUUGUUAUAUUAGACAUGGAAGAAGAUGCUGAAAUUCCAUUACUUCUGGGAAGACCUUUCUUGGCUACUGCAAGGGCUAUGAUUGAUGUUGAGCAAGGCAAGCUGAUGUUGCGGGUUAACGAAGAAACUGUGACAAUUGAUGUCUUUGAAUCCAUGAAGCAUCCAACUGACGGAGGAGAUUGUUUUAAAGUUGAUGUGAUUCAUGAUGCCGUACUUGAAACCGUUGAUGAAAUACUCCAACCACUAAUGGAAUUGGAGUCAUUAGAAGAAAACUAUUGCAAGAUACAACUGAAGAAACAGAGGAAGAACAAAUGGUUGAAAAGUUAG